UUGAUUUUGCAAAUUAAUCUAAAUAUUAAAAGAAAUUAUGUAUAAUAGGUAGUGCUCUCAAAAUAAUAUUCUGUUGAAGUAAAAAUGAUGAAGAUAUGGAAUUUAGGUCUAAUAAGUUACGACACCGCUUUAAGUGUACAAAAAUGUAUCGCUAGGAAACAUUUAGAUGCUCUGAAGAAGGGUAUUAAUGCAAAUUAUGAUACCCUUCUGCUAGUCGAACACAAACCAGUGUACACAGUCGGCAUCAGAGAAGCUACAUCCAAAGAAGAAAUAUUAAGACUUCGCAGUCUUGGUGCUGAAUUCCGUAACACGAAUCGAGGUGGCCUUAUAACAUUUCAUGGGCCAGGCCAGCUUGUUGCAUACCCUGUGAUAAACCUGAAACGAUUUAAGCCAAGUGUAAAAUGGUACGUGGACAGUUUAGAAGAAACUGUUAUCAGAAUGUGUGCAGAAUUAGGUAUUGAAGCUCAAAGAUCUCCGCAUACUGGUGUAUGGGUAGGGGAUAACAAAUUAGCCGCAAUUGGAGUUCACGCCUCUCGGUACAUAACUACACACGGGAUUGCUUUAAACUGUGAUAUAGAUUUGAACUGGUUCAAACAUAUAGACCCAUGUGGUAUAAAAGAUAAGGGUGUGACCUCGCUUACCCAAGAAAUCGGAAAAUUAUGUACCAUAGUUGACAUGACCCCAAAGUUUCUACAAAAUUUUGAAAAAGUAUUUGACUGUUCCUGUGAAGAACUAGAUAGUAGUCAACAAAAAGAAAUUCUUAAGGGUGUUUAUGAUAACUUAUUAGUGGAGGAAAAUUUAUAGCCAACUCCUGUGUUAGAUAGAUCCAAGACAUCCCUCCAUAUACGGCUGAAGGCAAACCGCAGCU